AUAUAUAAUUUAACUAAUUAAGACAUGACAAAAAAACUGAGGUAUGUCUCGUUUCUGUCGGUCCUGGGUCACAGAUGACCGUUCUUCUUUAAGCCAAUAGCUAGCCCAAAAAGAAAAAUUGAGAGCAGAUCAGAUAAUAACUAUAGUCCAAGACAAAUAGAAAAUGUGUCUCCCCGUAUUGGAGAGUUAUAUUCUCAACCUAAAGUACGAUGCAUCGAUUCAAGUGCAACGGGACUUCGAACACUAGAAGAAAUGUCCACACACAUGAGACACAACUCAACGUCCUUACAGAUGUUCGGGGGUGAAGUGAAAAUAGUAGACCACUCACUGUGGAGGCACUACUACACUACGUAUAGAACCUAGUAAAAUCAACUAUCUCCGAUAUUGAUUCAGCAAAACUUGUCACCGUCUAAAUUAGCUAAUGAUUUAGAAGCCAGUAGUAUUGUUGUUCGGUCUGGCUUGCACUCCGGUGGCACAAUGGUACAUAAUCCUCCGACGCCCAAAGAAAUUCUUGGGACGCCGCAGCCACAAACACCUAGAAUUUCAAUAUCCAACACGCCUGAAAUUUCCAGUUCCAAUCUGCCUAAUUUACAUGAUAUAACGCAUUUUCAAUUUCCUCCAUUGAGUGCUAUUACGGCAUUUAAUCCAUUGACUUUACCUCCAUUGAGCCCAUCGGCCUCACCAAACGGUGCCACUCCCACAACCAUUCUGCACGGCGGAAAGUUAAUUCCUCAUGUUCCUGGGAUGCCUGGACCAAAUACUCCUGGUGUGUAUGUUGGCAAUUUAUCUGCAAAACACAAAAACUUUAUAGUGAGUAAAGAAACUAUUAAGGCCAAUACAAUGUUAUCUCGUGAUGAUGGAAAUAAUAUGACAACUACGAUUGAGGUGCAGUCACCAAAAGCAAUGGCAGGUUCUAAUUAUGAGCCACUUUUGAAGUCAAGGAGUCCAAAUUUAAGAACAGUUAAUAUGGAUGUGACAAACAGCAAAAACAAGACAAGUAUUCUGGAGAAAUGCCACAAUAUAUUUCUGCAGUUCCGAUAAUAAAAGUAAAAAAUGUCGAUGAACCUGAAGCACUGUGUAAAACAUUUUCGCCAAGCCUUAUAAAACCAGUAAUUUCCAAGCAAGAUGGAAGUUUGAAGAGAAGUUCAGAUGGGUCGCCAAGAACCCCUGUUUUAAAAGAAAAUAUGAAUUAUACAUCCAACAAAAUCAAGGUUAGAGAAAGGUUAAAUUCGAACACUUUAAAUUUAACAAAGUUAAUCAUGUUACUAUCAAAUCCGAGACGGAGAUACGAAACUUUAAUUUUGAGAACCUAAUAACAAAAGUAGAAAUCUAUAACAAUCAAAUUUUUACUGAAUACUAAAUAUUACUUUAUGGUACUAUUUUAAU